AACCUAUAAUAUCUUUAAUAUAAUCACAUAAAUAUUUGUGAGAGUUUAAUAAAUAAUAUUGUAUAAAUAUGUCGGAUAUUAAAGAAGAGAAACAAUACGGUUUAAUUUUAUCUAAAAAACAACAUAUUAUUCCAAAGGUUAAUAAUAUAUUUGGUGAUAGUAAUGAUUCAGAUGAAGAAGAUGGUACAGACUGGGUUAAAAAAGCUCUUCAGGCAGAAGGAGAAAAAAACAAAAUAAAAAAACAAAUAAAAUUAAAUAUGCAAAAAGCAUUGAAAGAAAAUCCAACAAUAUUCCAAUAUGAUGAAGUAUAUGAUGAUAUAGAAAGAAAAAAAGAUCAAUCUAAAACUACAAAAGAUGAAAAAAAGAAACCAAAAUAUAUUCAAAAUCUUUUGAAAGCUGCUGAACGAAGAAAAAAAGAACAAGAAUAUAGAAUAGAAAGAAUGGUUCAAAAAGAACGAGAAGCAGAGGGAACAAUGUAUGCAGAUAAAGAAAGUUUUGUUACUUCUGCUUAUAGAGCAAAAUUAGAAGAAUUUAAAAGGAUGGAAGAAGAAGAAAAUAGAAUGGAUAAAUUAGAAGCUAUUGCAGAUGUUAAAAAACAGCAAGAUAUGUCAGGGUUUUAUAGACAUUUGUAUGUGCAGACUACUCAAUCUUCAGAGAAAUCUGAAAUCAAAAACAAUAUAAAUAAUGAUGAAAGUGAUUUUGAUAAUGUAACUAAAAAGGUAGAUAUCAGUGCUGUAAAUAAAGAACAAAUUAAAAAUAAAGAAAUAAAAAAAAAUAGACAAUAUAGACAAAGAAAAGUAGAAGAAGACAGUGACACAGAAAUUGAAAUUGAAGAAAAAAUGGAAAAUAAAGUAAACAUUAUUUUACCUGAAAAACGCAAAAAUAUUGAAAAAGAAACUGUCGAAAUAGAAUGUGAUGCUAAAAAACAAAAGCAACAAACUGAAAAUAUUAAAUCUGAAGAAAAUCUUAAUGAAAUUAAAAUAGAAAAUACUUUCAAUUCAAAAAAUGAUGAUAAAAUAUUAGAAAAAUCUGAAAAUAAUGAUGAAACUGAAAGAAAAACUAUUAGCUUAAAAGCAAAAAUAGAAGCAGAAAAAAAAGAACGAUCUAAAAUUUGGGAAAAAAGAACAAUUGGUCCUGAAUUUGAAGCAGCAUUGCAAAGAUAUUAUUCUAGGAAAUCUAUGAGAUUGUCAAUUACAUAAUUUAAUGUAUUUAUAAAAUGUGUAAAAAUAAAAAGUAUUUAAAAAGUAUUCAGUAAUAUAUUAGGAUUUUACAUAAUUCUGAUAAAAAACACAUUUAUAAUAUAGAAUAUAAGAUUUUUCUUUUUAAUAUAAUAUGUAUGUAUGUAAUAAAAUAGUUAAUUAAAAUAUUGUAUAGAAAUUGUAUUAACAAUACAUUGUAAUCUGGAAAAAUGUCUGUUAGCAAUAUUAUAAUAUAUAAAUUUUUAUACACAAAAACAAAUCAUGGCACAUUAUGGUUACAA